AUGUCUGCCUUUUCAGUAUCAGAUCUUCUGAAUCCGGCUCCUGCCUCACGCCCGGCUUCUCCCGGAAUGCAGGACACAUUAAUGCACGACGAUCCUUCAACCACGAUCGCAGGCGACAUGUUUGCACCUGAGCUGUUCCAUACAGAUUCGAUGUUGGAUGGUCCUAGUAUAUUCGAUCAACAAGGCAUGAUACCCCUCGAGCAAAGCUCUUCUCCGGAGUUCCUUCGCAAGGAUUCAGUAAUCAGUGACAUACUGAAUGGUGCUGAUACCCUAAUGGAGGACAUUGAUUUGUCUAUUGAUGCAAAGAAGAAGGAUAAAACUCCAAGACAGCGCGAGACGGAAAAGCCUAAAGAUACUCGACAUUCAUCCAAGAAUGAAGGACAGCACACAGAUCGAAGAUACCUUUGCUACAUCUGUCACAAACUCUUUACGAGACGACGGUCUGUCCGGGAUCAUCUCAACAAGAUCCAUGGCGAGAAAACUUGGGAGCCUCAGAAAAGUCUAGAAGUUGUCGUCGAGCCUCACUCGGGAGAGCCGAUUGAGCCUAUUGAGGACAUAAUCGCACGAGGUCCUCCACCACCUCCUAAGUCGGUCAAGACGUCUAAACCGUCGAAGGAUGAAGCAAGUAGCAAACAACCCUCUGAGGAGAAAGAGCCAGAAGAUAGGGUCGGAGGAGACGAAGAGGAGGAUGCGCCUUUGAUCUUGCAAACACAGAAAAGUUUGCACGAUGCGAACGACCUGCCUGAGAGUUUGAUUGCACCUGAAUCCCUCAUCCAAUUUGAACCUGAACCUGACAGCAACGAGACACGACCGGAAACUGUAGAGGUUGAGACUGAGAGCAAGACAGAACCAGAAAUCCAAUCUAUCAUACCACCUGCACAGCCUCCAAAGAUAAAGAAGGAGGAGUCGCAAAGGUCAGAAUCAAGACCUGUGUCCGUUGAACCUAUACAGUCUAUACCUGCACCUCUAAUAGGCAAGAAAAGACCACUAGCCAUGACGAAGAAGGGCACUGCAAAGGUCAAAUCUGCAACUCCAUCGAAGCGGCUCAAAAUGACUGAGCCGGACCGAACCCCGACCAGGUCUCCUAGCGUAACGCCUGCGCAAAAGACUGGCAGCAAGCUGAAGAAGAUUGCCAACAUCGCCUCACCCGCCUCACGCGCAAGCUCUCGUCAACCAUCACCUUCACCCACACCUUCGGGAGCCACGCCCGCCAGCAGUAACGAUGAUGGAGAAGUCUUCUGCAUCUGCCGAAAAGGCGACAACCACACCUGGAUGAUUGCUUGCGAUGGACCUUGCCAGGAGUGGUAUCAUGGAAAGUGCAUCGGUAUAAGGGAAAGAGACGGUGAGCUCAUAGACAAGUUCUUCUGCCCUUACUGUGCUGAGAAAGGUUUAACGACCACAUGGAAGAGGAUGUGCAGAAGGUCAGACUGCAGAAAACCUGCAAGAGUCAAGGAUAACCCUCCCAGCAAGUAUUGUAGCGUUGAGUGCGGAAGGAUGUUUUUCGUCGAUCUCCUCAGACGAGGUGAUCCUGACGCACACGCUUCCAAAGAUGGCCAAUUCAUUGUUGAGAAGCAGAAAGCAAAGAAGGUACGAAAGAAGAUCAGAAGAAAUCGCCCUGUUGUGGCACAUGUAAACAGUACUAGAACACCUGUUACGGCAGGCAGCAGGCCUCACACUCCAGCAUAUAGUGACGAAGAGAAGAGCGAGUACGAAACAGACACAUCUCUUGACGACGACGAGCUAUCGAAUCGUGGCGGUCCCCUGCGCGCAGGUGAGGUCAAGGCUCUACUUCAGCAGUGCAGGAAUGUCGCUUCCUGGCGCGAACUGGGGAAGAGGAUCGACAAUACACCACCUCGCGACAUGGACGAGAAAGAACAGAAAGUGGUUUUUGAUGAUUUCGAACAGGCAAGGAUGAGGACGAUUAAGGAGGAGCUUGCGGAACUAGGUAACAAGCUUACUGCUCUUGCUGAAAGAGAGAAGUUUCUUGAGCUAAUCAAAUCUCGGUCGCAAACUAUCGCUGAUGACAUCAAGAAAAACAAUCCGAAAAUGAAAUCUGCGUGUGGCUACGAUCCAAGAUGUGCUUGGAACGAUGCAGAGUUCUUGCAGUGGUAUGAAUCAGGCGGAAAGGAGAUAAUGGCAGGCGGGAAGAUCGGACCGCCUGACGACGACGCGCGCACAGUUGAUGGCAUCGACAAUAGUGAGGAUGAUGAAAAGGCUGCUACCAUGAAAGGUGGUGUUUGUGUUCGCAGCAGCUGUACUAAACAUGGCAGGACGUGGCAAAAGUCACAGCUUGCAGAAUUAAGAUUCGAACAGGAUUUGAUCAAGAAGAAGCAGGAUAACUUGAUGCAGCAAGAGCAACGCAUCAGGAGCAGGGCACAGAUUCGUGGGCUUGAACUUCAAGGACCUACUAUUGUUAGCUAG